AUGUAUGUGAAUGUUGUGGAAAGUAGAAGUGUUGCCUGGCGCAACCACACUGCAUUUUUCCCGCAAUUCUGCUGCUUCGGCGGUUCUGCCCUUGUGAUUUCGGUGAUCUGCGUCUCCUCAUAAACCCAAAUUAUCCCCCAAAUGGACGACGACGGAAUUCCGGAGAACGAAAGGUUGCAGAUCGAGCAGAUUAUGGAGCUGGAAUCGGAGGAAUUACAGGUUGAAGAAGUGGACGAUGAGGGUUUGUCUGAGGAUGAUCAUCAUCAAGCUUUCAUGCAAACUUCUCUGUCUGGUGACUAUACAUACAACACAUCCUUAGUUGCCUUGCAUUCAUAUCUUGGUGCUGUUGAAGACACACAUAAUAGGGUGGCAUUUUUGGAUGGUGGCGCUGUGCUAACCCUUCCCCUGUUUUACUUGGAAGGAGUUGUUUUAUUCCCGGAGGCGACACUUCCUCUUAGAGUGAUUUUCCCAAAUUUGAUAGCUGGUAUUGAUAAAGCGAUGAGCCAAGUCAAUGCUCCUCACACAAUUGGAGUGGUGCGUGUUUACAGAGAUGUUAACACCGGAAGAACAAAGUUUUCAACAACUGGCACCACUGCUGAGAUUCGGCAAUACAGGAGGCUCGAAGAUGGUUCAGUAAAUAUUGUUGCCCGUGGACAGCAGCGAUUUAUCCUGAAACGUCGAUGGAUUGAUGCAGGAGGAUCACUAUGUGGACAAGUUCAUAUCAUUGAGGAAGAUACUCCAUUAAGAACACCACGGGAAGCUGUUGGUAGGCUAGCACCAUUGAGAAACUCAUUGGCUAAGAAUAUCUCAAGAAAGACACCUUUAGAUGGUUCUCAGCAUACUGGUCGUGACAGUUAUGAAGGCAUUGAUUCUGACACAAUGUCAGAAGGAAGUUUUGAAGGUGAACUUUCAUCAACAGAAAGAAGACUGCACCGAUAUGCUCUUGUCUCUAGUCAUGGCUCUGAUAUAUAUGAUGAAACUUCAAGUAGUGAUGAUGAGAAAUUUGAACACCAUUUAGAGUUACAAGCUGGACCAUCUCCGCUAGACAAUUACACUAGGUCAGUGCAUUCAGAAUAUAGCAAACAGAAUGCAGAUGACUGUAAAGUUGGGAAGAGACCUUUAUCAAAUGUUCAACUUUGUAAUAAGUACACGUUGAACCAGCUACGUGAUGCUCAAACAGCCUUCUGGCCUAGUUGGGUCUACAACAUGUACGAUGCUUAUUCACUUGCUAGGAGGUUAGCAGAUCGGUGGAAACAGAUUGUUAAAACACCAAGUAUGGAUGGCUUUGUCAUGAAGCCACAUCUUCUUUCCUUCCACAUUGCAAGUAAAAUUCCAAUAUCUGAAUCAGCCCGGCAGGCACUCUUGGAGAUUGAUGGCACAUCUUAUAGACUGCGGAAGGAGAUUGAACUGCUUGAAAGCUUUGAUAAAAUAAAAUGUAAAACUUGCCAGAAUCUCAUUGCGAAGAGAAGUGACAUGUUGGUCAUGUCUAGUGAUGGCCCAGUCGGUGCAUAUGCAAAUCCACAUGGUUUUGUGCAUGAGGUGUUGACACUGAUGAGAACAAAUGGAAUAGCAGUGACUGGGCAUCCAGUGAAGGAAUAUAGUUGGUUUCCCGGUUAUGCAUGGUCAAUCGCCGAAUGCAUCACGUGUGGCGAGCAUUUGGGUUGGUACUUUUCGGCCAUAACGAGGAGUAUGCGGCCCCGGGGCUUCUGGGGCAUAAGGAGUUCCCAAGUUGCGGAUGGGGUACAAUGAACACAAACACACUAUACUCAGCAGCUUCAGGUAUGUCUAUAUAUAUGUCGUAAAAAGUUUGAUAGGAGAGGGUACUUGAAGGUUUUAUGAUGUCUUAAUCUCUAUGCCUCUGAUUUGCUCAUAUCUCGUGCAAAGCAAAUCAAAUCAAAACUUCAGAUAUUGUGAAGCUAGAUGUUAUAUGCGAUUUCUGCAAUUUUAUUACUUAGUAAAUUCAAAUGUUUAUUUGAUGCUCA